AAGUGAUGUCACCGAUACAGCAGCUCAGGGGUUGUGUGAGUUAGCGCAAGUUAAAGCGACUUUAUUGAUUAAAGUUUAUUUAUUAAAGUGAUUUUAUCCAUCACAGAUCGUUUAUUAAAGCGUUAUUUACAGUUCAGAAGUGACGCGGUGUCAUUGGAAGCACCGACGCGCGUUCACGACACCUUUCGUCAGGAUUCAGGGGGAAACUGAUUUAUCUCACUCUGUUUUCUCCAAAGAUCCAAAACAUGGUCUGGAUGUGAUCGUUGUGUCACUAGUUACUGGAUGGACUUAAAAUCAGCCGAAUGCUAAUUUAUCAAAAGGACAUUCAGCAAAUGUGAAAUGACUCGCAUCUGACGGCCGUUUGUCUCUCACUUGUCACUGAAAGACUAAAAAUAGAAAGGCAUCAUGUCUCUGCCUGAGGAAGCAGGGGAUCGUGGGAAAGAGCGAGAGCGCGGAGCCCGUCCGAAAGUGCGUCAGAGCCGUUCUGAAGAGAGAAGAGACGGAGGGAGGAGAAAGCCCGGGAGAGGGAAAAAGAAAAGCCACCCGUCGCAUGACCUGACCUCCGCACGGCCUGUGAGCGACGGCUUCGAGUACGGCGAUCUGCUGAACGAGUCCAGCGAGGGUGGUUCGUCCUCUCCGGUGAGGGAGCACAGGAGACGGCAGGUCCUGGGAUCAUCUGGAUCCCUGCUAUCUGAAAGAGUUUCCGCCAAACUAUCUCUCGGUUCGCCCGACCUCAGCAGCGACUCAGACAGCAAGUCAUCCGGAAGUAGCCGAACGCUUCGGCAGAAGAUCCAGGACGCAGUGGGCCAGUGUUUCCCCAUCAAGACCCACAGCCAAGGCCUGUCACACUCGCCCUCCUCCUCACGCCGCAAGAUCCACAUCAGCGAGCUCAUGCUGGACAGUUGCCCGUUCCCCGCCGGCUCCGAUCUGGCUCAGAAGUGGUACCUCAUUAAGCAGCACACGGCUCCCAUUUCUCAAGCGCCCGUCCUGGAUUCCGUCGCUCCUGCUGCACUUGUGACGCCGGUGGAGGAUGAGGAGGACCGCUUACGGGAAAGACGAAGGAUAAGCAUCGAGCAAGGAGUUGAGCCGCCUCCCAAUGCCCAGAUCCACACGUUCGAGGUGACGGCCCAAAUCAACCCUCUCUACAAACUGGGACCCAAGCUAGCUCACGGGAUGAAUGAGUUAGCCGGAGACGAGCGUGCAACGCUGCACCAGCUUCUCCUGCAGAGUUGUUUGGACACCUUGGAUGAGGUUGCGGCGUCAACCGCGGCGUCUGAUUUCGACUUGGACGCCGGCGCUGCCGCGUCUCCAUCCUCCCAAGUCCAAAUGGACAGUCCCAAAUCGCAAGACAUACAGCAUCGGAUUCACACUCAAAUCGACUACAUCCACUGCCUGGUGCCCGACCUGCUGCAGAUCAUCAACCUGCCCUGCUACUGGGGUGUUAUGGACCGCUACCAAGCGGAGACGCUUCUGGAAGGCAAACCCGAAGGCACGUUCCUGCUGCGCGACUCGGCGCAAGAAGACUACCUCUUCUCCGUCAGCUUCCGACGCUACGGCCGCUCGCUGCAUGCACGCAUCGAGCAGUGGAACCACAACUUCAGCUUCGACGUGCACGACCCCAGCGUUUUCCACGCACCUACCGUCACCGGCCUGCUGGAGCACUACAAGGAUCCCAACUCCUGCAUGUUCUUCGAGCCGCUGUUGUCCAACCCCAUCCACCGGACGCAGCCCUUCAGCUUGCAGCACAUCUGCCGCGCCGCCAUCAGCAGCUGCACCACUUACGACGGGAUCAACGCGCUGCCGCUGCCCAACGCGCUGAAGGAGCACCUGAAGGAGUACCACUACAAGCAGCGUGUGCGCAUACGCAGACUGGACACGUGGUGGGAGUGACGGGGCGGGUGACGCUCGUCUGUCUCAGGUACGGAGGCGGGAAACAAGACCAGAAGUGCCACUACUCUGCGUUCCACGACAACUUCGCCGGUUCUUAUCGCUGCACUCUCAACUACAGAGGACUGGUGUGAAGACGUGAGUGCCUUUCUGAUGCUACUAAUUUUUUGAGGUUUAAAAUGCUGUUAGCUUAUUGUCAUGAUGUUGGCAUGCCGUCACAGGGUUCACUGCAUCAGCACUGGAGUUAUUAACUGAUUAACACUGCACUGAAGCUGCAAGAGUUUGUUAUUUUUUAAUAUUUCUCCUUUUUAUCAAGACAAGUGUCCCUUUUGGGAGUUAAGGCACAUUCACACCAAGAAUGACAACUAUAACGAUGACUAUAAACAAUGACUAUAAAGUUGACAACAACAGUAUAAGGAUGACUAUAACAUUAGCUGGGUUUCCAUUCAAACUUGGAAGCGAAUCUUAUCAAAGUUCGCAAAAAAAGACAAAUGCGAAUUAAGUGCGUUUCCAACAAGUUGUUCGAGCGGAUGACGGAGGUAAUGGUAACCCAACAGUGAAUAAAACACUGUGACCGAGCAUUCGUGAAGGGUUCAUCUAAACACUUAUGAAUAAGAAUACAAUAAACGAGAGCUGUCUGAUCUCUUCUCGACUUUAUUAAGCAUCACACACAUUUGAGAGUACAAGCCCGAAAAACCCGCGACACUCCAGUAGAAAAGCGCGCAUGACCCUUGCCUAUCCACGGCAAACCCCGAGAGGGAAAAUGCAUUGCUUACAACACCAUCAGCGAAAACAGACGAUUACGAUUAGUCAUGUGGGAUUAAUGUUCGCCACGUCAGAAUUUAUUCGGUUAAUGCGUUUCCAUCUCUCUUUAUUUGCAUUAACUCUUUUUCAUCAAAAACCUCCUCAAACUUUAUUUUUGUUUGAAAUUUGCCAUUUCCAUCACUUGUUUCUGAUGCGAUACUUCAAAAUGAGCAUAAAACAAUAUAAUGUUGACUAUAACGAUGACUAUAAUGAUAUAAUGUUGACGAAUGAUGUAAUGAUGACUAUAACAUUGGCUAACGAUAUAACAGUGACUAUAAUUAUAUAACGUUGACUAUAAUGAUAUAUAAAGUUGACUAACGAUAUAACAAUGACUAUAAUGUUGACUGUAACAAUGUCUAAUGAUAUAACAAUAUAACGAUGUAACGUUGACUAUAAUGAUGACUAUAACGACAUGACAAUGACUAUAACAAUGACUAUAACGAUAUAAUGUUGACUAAUGAUAUAACAAUGACUAUAACGAUAUGAUGUUGACUAUAACCAUAUAACGUUGACUAACAAUAUAACAAUGACUAUAAUGUUGACUGUAACGAUGUCAAACGAUAAAACAAUGACUAUAAAGAUAUCAACAAUGAUUAUAACGAUAUAACAUUGACUAAUAAUAUAAUGAUGACUGUAAAGAUGACUAACGAUAUAACGACUAUAACGAUGUAGCGUUGACCGUAACGAUAUAACGUUGAUUAACGAGAUAUCGAUGACCGUAACAUUGACUGUAACGAUAUAAUGUUGACUAACGAUAUAUCGAUGACUGUAAUGAUAUAAUCUUGACUAACGAUACAUCGAUGACUGUAAGGUUGACUGAAAUGAUGACUAACGAUAUAACUAUAACGGUAUAGUGUUGACUAACGAUACAUCGAUGACUGUAACAUUGACUGUAACAAUAUAACGUUGACUAACGAUACAUCGAUGACUGUAACGUUGACUGUAACGAUGACUAGUGAUAUAAUGACUAUAACGAUAUAGUGUUGACUGUAACGAUGACUAUACUGACAUAAUGACUAUAACGAUAUAACAAUUAUGAUAUAACGAUGACUAUAACAAUGUAACUCAAAAUAACAUUGACUAUAACAAUAAUAAAAACAAUGACAAUAACGUUGACAAUAACAAUAUAAUGGUAACUAAAACUUUGACUAUUACGAUGACUGUAACAUUAUUAUAACGUUAACUACAAGCAUUACUAUAGUGAUAACUAUAAUGACAACUAGCAUCCACAUCCACACCAAUGGACGACAGUGUUCUGUUUAUUAUAAUAACGCUGCAGUUUUGUCAUCUGCCACUUUAAGUGCUGUAAAUUCGGAUGGAUUCUGAUUGGCUGUCAAUGUUUUUAUCGUUCAUCAGCUGGAAAUAAAUCACUCUGAAAGUGAUUCCUUCGAUAUCGUUCCUCCGUUAUAGUUGGUGUGAACUUUGAAAUUCUCUUAGAUUUGGAGCGAUUACUAAAACUUUAUAGUUAUUAUCGGUAUAGUUAUCGUUCUUCAAUGCACAAGGUUUGUUUGUUUCUGUGGUGAGUGAAACUAUACUGCAGUGUGUGGUAUUUGAAAAACAUUUCAGUUUUACAGAGGCAUAUUGAACUGUUUCUUGCCUUCGUAACAUCAGUACUUUUGUAGAGUCACUCAUCCAGACAAGUUCAAGCGGGCCAGGAGAACCGGUCUCGCAGCACACAGGUAGUUCAAGCCACUGCAUGCUAAAGCCAACAGUGCACUGGAGUAAAGUUACACUGGAAAACUGGUGCUAAUAUUCAUCUGGAUUGGCUUCUAAUGCUGUACUAGAUCAGAUUGAAUGGAGUAUAAUACAGGUAACGGACCAUCUCAGUAUAAUCUCUGUGUACUCUCGCUUGCAUGUUUGACUCAACAAAUGCUCAUUUAUUCACAGCACACUUAUCAAAGACAGAUAGGCAUUUGCCCUGUGAUGUUUAAUCCAAGAACGGAUAACUGUACCAAUUCUUGAGCUCGUAGGCUAGUAGAAUAGACCAAAUCCACAGUUCUGCUUCUCUUAGAUUACAGGCUCAAUGUUUUCACUCUCAUUGGAUCUCAGCAUAUUUCAUUUAGUGUUGAGUAUUCAGAUAUGAGUCUGCACACAUGACGUUAAAGGAGAAGAGCAUCUCUGUAGUGUUUUAUUUGAUUUGAGAAAUGACAUAAUUCUUUUCAAUUUUCCAUCUGGAUGCCAUUCAUUCAUUCCACUCCAUUGCUUCUUGUUAUUAAUGUUCAUUCACGGCCAAUACAUAUGAAUGUAAAUCACCCAAGGCAUGUUUUAGUGGUUUAUUUUAUAUUUUAUAUGAUCAUUGUCGACCAUGUUUUGUAACCUCAAACAUUCUUAACUGUGUGUCUAUUAAAAACUCUUCUAAAACUCCAUUAAAAUGAUGUUCAAUGCUGUUAGAAGAAGAGAACAUUGAGUUUCAAAUCAAAGGGGCCAACUUCAUUUAUCUGGAUACAAUAAACGACAAAAUCAGCAUCUUUUUUUUGCAUCCAUGUGCUGCAGUGUUAUUGAGAUGAUUGAAUAACAUUAAACAACCAUUUAAUUUAUAAUGUUAAUGAGCUGUUUCUGUAGGGAUUUUUUUUUUACAUGUAGAUGUGUCUUGCUGGUCAAGUCUGGAUUGAUGUAAAAACAGUCAGUGCGUUUUGCUUUGUGUCGACAGUUUACCGUGAUUUCCAGAGGACCAUCAUGAAUGUCACAAACUUUUGUUCUUAAAGCAGCUUGCCUCUCUUUCUCUCUCUCUCUUUUUUUUUUUUUUUACACUGAUAUUUAUUUAUUUUCUAUUUAAGGCUUGCCUAAUAUGCUUAACAUUUUUCACAUGUAUUUCUGAUAUAUUAAAGCCAUGUGUGAAUAAUUUUAUUGGUGUGUAUGGUGUAACAAAAGCACAUAUUAAUAAACUAUGUUGUAUCUUUUA